AAUUGAUCAUUCUUUGCCUAAUCCCUUCUGUAUUCAAGCUGUCACCCCCUUCCUUUCCUUCUCUUCUCUUCUCUCCAAUCCCAAUCCCAAUCUCCCAACACCAUUCAAACCAUAACUUUUUAACUCUUCAAUUACAAACACAAAAAAACAUCAAUCAUAAAACAUGUUUUCCUUCCCUUUCAUAAAAACCAUUCAAUUUCUUCUUCUUCUUAUUCUUUCAACCAUUUCUUUUUCUUCCUCAAUCAAUUCAAAUGCAACCUCAAUCUACGAGGUUCUUCGUGACCAUGGUCUUCCAAUGGGUCUUUUCCCAAUGGGUGUUAACGACUUCAACGUUAGUGAAGAUGGUAAAUUCUGGGUGCAUUUAGAUCAAGCUUGUAACGCUAAAUUUGAGAAUGAGUUGCAUUAUGAUCGAAACGUUUAUGGGUCAUUGAGUUAUGGAAAUAUCAAUGGUUUGACCGGUUUGGAAGCUCAGGAUCUUUUUCUUUGGUUUCCUGUUAUGAGUAUUCGUGUUGAUGUUCCUAGUUCUGGUUUGAUUUAUUUUGAUGUUGGUGCUGCUUAUAAACAAUUCUCUUUGUCCCUUUUUGAAACUCCUCCUGAAUGUGUCGCUGUUCGUUCCGAUGAAUCCGAGGUUAGGUUCAAUCUGGAAGACUCCGCUAUAAACUCGAUCAAGUAACUUUUGGAAGAGAUGUUCUAUAGACAAUGCAAGAAAGGGUGAAUGAAGUUUUUCCGUAGCGAAAUCAUCACAGACUCUCCAAUCUGAUUCUAUUCAUUCGGAGAGUAUAAAUUAAUAGCUCCAAUGAUUUGGUCCGAAUGUGUCGUUUGUGUUAUCAUCGCCUUUUAGUGCAGAAUUAGUGUAGUAGAGCGCACGCAGCCACCAUGUAUUAUGGGAAAGGGAAGCAACAAGAUGAAAUUUCGAGAAUCUGUUUCUGGUUGAAAAGAUGGAGCUAGAAUGAAGCAUUUUGUUGAAAUGGAUUUAGGUGACAGGAUUGCAAAGAUUUUUGUUGUAUGCUGUUGUAUUAUAUAAGAAUGUACUGAGGGGUGUUGUUGAGUUGAAUCAAAGUUGUUGUUAUAUCAGUUUAAAAUAGACAGAACCUUAUGCACUUUUGAUAUGAAAAUUCAUGAUUAUUAUUUACGUUA